GUGUCGCGACUGUGUAAUCGCCCCCUCCGUUACUUCUCAGGCAUCGACUCCCAGACGACGGCGCUUUGCCCGCAUAGCUUGUUUUUCUUAAUUACCUUAAUGACGCUUCCUUGAGCCGGCGUGCUCAGCCUGUGAUCUGACUGUGGUGAUUCAUUCGUAGAGAUCAGCAGCAUGUUGCUUCGGACCCAUCGUAGCCGCAGCGAAGCAUUGCGUUGCUUUUAGUGAUGUGCCUUGUUGUCUGGAGCAAAGAGGAGCGCUUCACAUCUGACAAUUUUCGAAAGAAACUGCUCUCAAGAGGCGUCGUCGGUUCGUCGCUGCAUUUCGACGACGCACUCCUUCAACGUUCUGGACAAACUUUGGGCCCAGCGCUGCAGCCCGGGGGCGAUGCUGGCGCGGCUGUUCUACGCGCACGGGCGCCUGUGCGCGUCCCACCCGUGGGAGGUGAUCGUGGGCUUCCUCACGCUCACCAUCUGCCUGCUCUCCAUGGGCUCGGCCUUCCUGGCUGGCAGCCGGCUAUGCGGGUGGUCGCCACAGUGCCAGAUGAAGGAGGAGGACAAAGGCAUGGACGUCGUCGUGAUGACCGUGACGCGCUGCAUGGCCCUGUUGUACGUGUACCACCAGUUCCGUGUGCUCUACAAGCUGGGCUCCAAGUACCUCAUAGGCAUAGCAACCAUUUUCACAAUUUUCUCCAGUUUCGUCUUCAGCAGCAGCGUAGUGAAUCUCUUAGAAGGCGACCUGUCUGAACUCAAAGAGGCGCUGCCGUUCUUUCUACUUCUCAUUGAUUUAUCCAAGGCUGGUCUACUGGCCCAGUUUGCCCUCAGCUCCAGCUCGCAGGAAGAGGUACGGGAGAACAUAGCCCGUGGUAUGGCUGUGCUGGGUCCCACAAUCACCCUAGACACCAUCGUCGAGACAUUGGUCAUCGGUGUGGGCACCCUUUCAGGUGUCAAACGGCUAGAAGAACUUUGCUGCUUUGCCUGCAUGUCUGCAUUGGUCAACUAUGUCGUCUUCAUGACCUUCUUCCCAGCUUGUUUGUCCUUGGUUCUCGAGUUGUCACGAGACAGGGAAGAGGGACGUCCUGUGUGGCAGUUGAGUACAUUAGCAAGAGUCUUGCAACAAGAAGAAGAACAAAAGCCAAAUCCAGUCCUCCAGAGGGUAAAAAUGAUCAUGUCAGCGGGGCUGAUGCUUGUGCACACACACAGUCGGUGGAUGGCAGGCAGCCCAGGAACACAGAGCCCAGACCCCAUCGCAGCUGACAAGCUUGCCUGGGGGCCUUACUUUCAAAGAUGGCUGGCGGUGAGCCCUGAGCAGCUGGUGUUGCUCGUGCUGGCAUCAGCGCUGGCUGUCAAAUACAUCUUCUUUGAGAACAGAGAGGAGCUAGAGCUGCAUCUUGCACAACAAAACCACCCGUGGGAAGAAAAGGCUUGCCUAGGUGACUCCGCAAAUGGUGCAGAAGGGUCCACUGGGAGUCGCCCUAGCACGCCUUCCACGCAGCCAGCUUGCCCCACAGAACCUCGUGUUGACUUUGUGCUGGGUGCUGAUGACUGCUGGGAAAUGGUGGACAGAGGUUGCCAGACAGAGGAGAACCCCGAGGAGGAGCCCGAGCCUGAACCCCGCAGUCUAGAAGAGUGCAUUGCUGUACUGCAGGGACAGGAUGGUGCUCGGAGCCUGACAGAUGAGGAAGUGCUCCGGCUGUGCGAGGCCCAUAAGCUGGCGGCCUACCGUCUCGAGCAAGCGGUGGGCAGCGCACUGCGGGGUGUGUCCCUCCGGCGGCGGCUGCUCGAGCGGCAAGGGGCGAGUUCCCUGGAGGGCCUGCCUUUCCACGGUUACGACUACACGGCCGUGCUGGGGGCCUGCUGCGAGAAUGUGGUUGGCUUCCUGCCCGUGCCUGUGGGCAUAGCCGGCCCACUCCUGCUUGACGGCCGGCAGUUUCUCGUGCCCAUGGCCACUACCGAAGGGUGCCUGGUGGCCAGCACCAACCGGGGUUGUCGUGCCCUGUCUAUGUCAGGCGGUGCCUUCAGCAGUGUUGUCCAGGAUGGCAUGACCCGUGGACCUGUCGUCAAAUUGCCUACCGCGCAACAGGCAGCGGAGGUGAUGAGAUGGCUGCAGGAUCCAGAGCACUUUGCACAGCUCAAGGUGGCUUUUGAUGGGACCAGUCGGUUUGCCAGACUGCAGAAGCUGCACACAAGCAUAGCAGCACGAUACCUGUUCAUUCGUUUUGUCUCUGUCACUGGUGACGCCAUGGGCAUGAACAUGCUUUCCAAGGGUGCAGAGGUGGCCCUUCUCAAACUACAGGAAGUGUUUCCGGCCCUGCAGGUGAUCAGUGUUAGUGGGAACUAUUGCACCGACAAGAAGCCAACUGCCCUUAACUGGAUUGAAGGCCGAGGCAAGUCCGUAGUCUGUGAGGCCACAGUUCCAGCCCGGGUGGUGAGAGAGGUCCUCAAGACAGAUGUUCUGUCCCUUAUCGAAGUCAACAUCAGCAAGAAUCUAGUUGGAUCAGCCAUGGCAGGCAGUGUGGGUGGCUUCAAUGCCCAGGCAGCCAACAUCGUCACAGCCAUAUUCAUCGCUACUGGACAGGACCCAGCACAAAAUGUUACAAGUUCGAAUUGCCUAACAUUGGUCGAAGCCUGUGGUGCAGCGGGACAAGAUCUGUACAUCAGCUGCACCAUGCCUUCCAUUGAAAUCGGAACCGUGGGAGGAGGAACUGUGCUACAGCCACAGGGCACCAUGCUUGAGCUUCUGGGCGUGCGGGGUUCCUCAAUUGAAGAGCCUGGUGCGCAUGCCUGCACCCUGGCACGAGUGGUGUGUGCCACUGUGCUGGCCGGAGAACUUUCCCUGCUGUCAGCCUUGGCAGCAGGACAUCUAGUCAAGUCUCAUAUGAGGCACAACAGGUCGAGUGUUAAUGUGGCUCAGUCGACAGCAGCGGAAGAUGAAUCUCGAAGACCCAGGACUAUUGGAGGACUACUUGCCCCACAAUAGGAGUUGUCGCAACACUGGCAAGAAUGAGCUGAUGUGUGUUGAGCAUGUUGAAUAAAGUGGGAGCAAAGAUCA